AUGUCUGCGUCCACCGUCUCCUCUCCCUGUCCCGCGCCCACCUCAUACCAGAGCCCCCAUGUAUGUAUCCACCGUCUCCUCUCCCAGCCCCACACUCACCUCACAUUAGAGCCCCCACGUCCGUGUCCUACCAUAUCCUCUCCUAGCCCCACGCCCACCUCACACCAGAGUCCCUGUGUCCAUGUCCACGGUCUCCUCUCCCAGCCUCGCACCCCCGGAGCCCCCGCGCCCAUGUCCACUCUCUCCUCUCUCAGAAGCUCCCCUCACAAUCCGAAUCCUGAGGAGGUGGCCUCUCCUCUGAGCCGCCUGCACGGAGACACAGACCCUGUGCUCUGCGCUGACAUCCUUUCCUCAGCUCCAGAACAGAUCACAGGCUCUCCUGGGACAGGCGUCCCUUCAGGCUGCCCCUACCUGCCAAACACUCCACAGAGGCAUGUUCAGCCCGCACGUCAGGCAGCGCGCGUAGGGACUAGGCAGUCUCCAUCUGCCGCCGCCCCUUUGUCUCCCCGCCUGGCUGCGAGGUGGCCACGCCAAGUCACCCGCCGGAGCGCGCAGAGGGGCAGCGCGCCGCGCAUCCGCAAGGCCCCCGCGGGAAGUGCAGCGCGCGAGGACGCGUGCCCUCCCCUCCGCCACCGGGGACAACAGCUCCAGCGAGGCCGUCCGCUCCCAACUUGCAGCCGGGACCCUGCGAGCUGGCGGGCCUGCGCCAGCUCUUAUUUCCUCCCUCGCCUCAGCCAGCGAAAUCGAGCAAAGAGGUGUGCUCCUCUCGUGACCCCUCUGAUCCGCAAGGGGGGAGAUAUGACAGUCUUUUGGUCGGGCCUUUGGGGUAGAGGGGCCGAUGCCGCAGUACGCCAGGCCAGGACUCGCUCCUCUGGACGAACAAGAGGUCGUGGUGCGCGGCUGGCGGGCGAGGGGGAGGCGGAGGGCGGCCAUCUACCUGGGCGACUUGUGGCAGCCAUUGCCUGCAACUCGAGACCCCUCCCCACUCGGCCGCCCACCUGCCUUCUACCUGCUGGCUCCUGUGAGGAUGUUCUCCCCACGGCCAGCCGGAGAGUGGCAGAGUCUCCCCGCCAGGCGUGCUUGCUGCGCGUCUCCUCCAGUGGCGGCAGCUACUCGCCAGCCCUGCGCCACGCAGGAGAGCACAGUGGCGACGGGAAAGGUUGUGUACCCGCGGCGCCGCGUUGUGCGCUCGACGACACGCCCGGGCUUGGACGCCCCGCGCCCGCUCCUGGAGCAGGGUCCUGGGCCCAGUCUGUGCAGACUCAGCCGUCAUCGAUGUCUGGAUCCCUGGGGAAGAUGGUCACCAUCUCCUGCUUGGGAAGCAGCAGCAACAUCGGGUGUGGUAUUUAUGUGAACUGGUACCAGCAGCUCCAGGGAACAGCCCCUAAAUCCAUCAUCUAUGGUAAGAGCAAUAGAUCGUCAGGGGUCCCUGACAGAUUCUCUGCCUGCAAGUCUAGCAGCUCAGGCUCCCUGACAAUCACGGGACUCCAGAGUGACAAUGAGGCUGAUUAUUUCUGUCAGUCCUAUGACAGCAGCCUGGGUGCACCCACAGUGCUCCAGGCCCAUGGGGUAGUGAGACAAAAAUCUCCUUUUCACCCCCCAAGAGGGUGUAAACCCAGCAGCUGCUGCUCAGGCCUGGCCUGUGGCUUCUGCUGCUGUUGCUGCUGCCACAUGGACACAGCAGAACCCACAGGUGCCACCUGGGAGUGGAAGCUCCACCUUUUCUGUUAUUCACAGAAAUCUAUUUCUAGAAAAAUUGUCCCCAAGGAAACAGAAAACCCUGCUCCUUAUCAGCUUGAUAUACAGAAUCUUUUUGUAAGGAAGUUCAAGGAAGUUUUGAGGUGGCAGUUCCAUGUCAUCCAUCCUCUUCCUGAUUCCAGGAUGUCCCAGAUUUAUGUCACCCUUGUGUGAGUUUGCAGCUUCCAUACCUGUUCUCUUGGCUGUACCCUCUUAGUCUCUUCUAACCAUAGGAUAACUAAUGCACAAUCAUGUGACCAUAUUUAAUGUGUGCAAUUAGACACACUUGGGUAUUUUAUGCUCCCUGGAAAACAUUCCCACAAUCAAUAUAAAGAACCUCACUGCUACAAAGGCCUCUGGACGGCCCUUUCUGAUUGUUCCUCAGAUUCCUUCCCUAAUGCUGCCCUACAUGAGCACUGAUCUACUUUCUGUCCCUGUUGCUUUCCAUUUUCUAGAAUUUAGAAAUGGUAUCCUAUGGCAUACACCUUUUGAGGUCAGG